CUCGCAUAAUCUGACGUCAGUGCACACUCGUUUUAAAAGAAAAAGGACAGGACAAAGGUUGACAGAACUUGGCCAGUGCAGCAUCGUGUAUUAGGUCAUAUUCCUGAGAUUUCGGACGUGUGCAGCAAGUCCUUUAACUUAAAGUAAUUGGGUAAAGUCGAGAAAACUUGACCCAAUUUUACCCAAUCCAGUAUCUGUAGGUCUCACGUUUUACUACGGACACAUCAUAGAUCACAUCAAGAUGAAGCAAGCGAAAAUACAGAAAGAAAGGGGGGCAGUCCUUGUGGAGAAAGCAACAGAACCUCCCACUAAAAAACUACGCUCUUCAUCUCCAGCUUUUACUGGUUCAGGACAUCUUUGGCCAGAUAUUUGUGUUAUAUGCAAGAAAAAGGAAAAGUGGAUAACAGUGAGAAAUAAUAGGGAAAGAGACAGGCUGAUGCAAGCAGAAACUGUAACUGCAGGCAACUUGACCAAGUCAGCAGAAUUAAAAAAUGAUGAGUCUGUCCUUGUGCACAUAAGGGGCAAAGAUUGCAUAGCGAUUAAAUUGAAAUAUCACAGGAAGUGCUUCAAUACCUAUACCAGACAUGCAGGAGACAAAAAGAUGCCAGCUAAACCCGUGAAAUAUCAAAAUAGCUACAAAGCAUUUUGUAACUUUGUUGUAAAAAAAAGACUGAUACGCAGGAUGGAGCUUCUGCAAAUGAGCCAACUGACCUCACUGUUCAAGGCUGAAAUUGAAAAACAUGCAGAUGGUGAUACAUCUGAUAUUAGGAAUGAUAAACUCAAGAGAUGGCUGAUGAGAGAUUUUCCACAGCUGAUUUUCCGUAAAAUUCAGGGAAAUAGAAGCGAGUCUGUGUUUGUGAAGGAACUACAGCCAACAGACCAUCUGAAGCACCAGAAAGGUAGUUCUGGUACAUCAGGGUCAAAAUCUAAGGGGGAAGCUAUAUCAACCCCACAGAGAAGAACAGCAGAAAGGAAUGGUGGAAAACUGGUCAGCUUAUUCCAAGCUGGUAUGAUACUCAAGUCUUGCUUGAAAGACACCCCAGAUAUGACGACACCAUGGCAUUCCUUCUCUUGUGAGUGUACCAAUGCAGCAGCCAAAGAAUUCAUUCCUAAUGAGCUAUAUAAUCUCCUUUCUUGGGCCAUUUCUGCUUCUGAAGAGCCAACAUUAGAUAAUCUCUCUUUGCCAGAAGAAGUUCACACCAGGCUGCUGUCAAUUUGUCAGGAUAUUGUACAUUUAGCAUCUAAAGGGAGGAAAAGUACCCCAAAGUCACUUGUUCAAAAAGACACUUGACUGGGUCUUCCCAACUGCUCAAAUUAUUGAAUAAGUUUGGUCAUGCAGUAUCAUAUACUUUAACCACUGUAGGCCUAGAGACCAGUAUUGCCUGACCCUACGUGCUAUAUCCUCCAAUGAUAUGACAGCAGGUUUCGUCAGAGGAUUUAUGGGACAAUAUUGACUUUAAGGAACUCUCACUGGGGCCGAAAUUUCCCAUAAUUCUAUGGCAUGAUGGUUCAAAGAGAAGUUAAAUGUGUCACUUCCAAGCCAAGGGAGACGGUCAUUGAUGAAAAGAAAGCCUUUGCGAUUACAAGAGACAAUCCUGAAUUUAACUAACAGAAAUCGACAUCACCAUGUAUGAUGAUUAGAAUAAGAUAUUUUGCUGAGACUACAGUGAGAUUAAAAUAUGAAUGGAACUCCCAGUACUUGUAAUAUAUUCACUUUUCCAUAUAUGUACAACUAAGAUAAACUUCCAAGUACAUGUUUGUCCUAAUUGAAUUAAUGCAGAUAUUAAUCUGGAAUGAAUUAAGCAUAAAAAUAUUAGAGGAAAGUUUCAUUAUACAGAGAAUAAUGCCCCAUUGUUUUGGUCCCUUUACCAUAUUUUUAUUUUAUGAUAAAAAUCUUUUAUUAAAUUAUUUAUAAGCAUAUGCUCACAAGUGGAUCAUUUUAAAUAGAUCGUUCACUGUCAUCCCAUCGGUGCAAAUGUAUUUAACACUGGCUUUAUAGUUCUUUUAAAUGACAAAGUAGCAAUGAGAGAAAUAUGAUUAAAAAGGUAAGGUGUCCCCCAUUCUGGAAAAAAAAUGACCAAUAUAUCAAAGCAAAAAUAAAAUGGGAUUUUGAAUAUAUGCGACAGUAGUGUUAACGUGUUGGUUGAAUUCCCCACCAUCAAAAUAUAAAUGCAUGAAAGUUGCAAAACCAUGGGAUACUUAGCACUUUUGUUUUGGGUUUAAACUAGGUCAGGUCAUAACUCUGACACAAAGUGAGAUAUCAAUCUAAAAAUUUCAUUUUUUUAAAGCCUCCAUAAUAUCUAUAAAAUAUGUGAAAAUCAGUAAUUUU